ACGGCGGCUUGUACACAGCCACACGCUACGAGUUUCGGAGCCUCCCUGACAUCCGGAGGAACCUGCACCAGCGGCCACUGAAGACAGAGGAGUCCCCACUGCACUGGCUGAAUGAUGCUGAGUUUGUGGCCUCUGUGCUGGUCCGGGAGAGCAAGGACAGCCCCGUGGGGGAUGAUGACAAAAUCUACUACUUCUUCACGGAGCGGGCGGGCGAGGAGACCACAUCCUUUGUCGAUAAGAGCCAGGUGGCCCGGGUGGCCCGGGUGGCCCGUGUCUGCAAGAGCGAUGUGGGGGGGAAGAAGAUCCUGCAGCGCAAAUGGACGACGUUCAUGAAGGCACGCCUGGUCUGCUAUAUCCCCUACUACGAGGUGCUGCGCAGCGUCUGCAGCCUGGACGGGGGCGGCUGGGCCAGCACUGUCUUCUACGCCGCCUUCACCCUCUCGGCGCAGUGGAGGACCAUGGAGGCCUCAGCCGUGUGCCGCUACAGCAUCUCGGCGGUGCAGCGCGCCUUUGAGGGGCCCUACAUGGAGUAUCAGGAUUCAGCUCGCAAGUGGUCCCGCUACGACGGCGCGGUGCCCGAGCCUCGGCCUGGCUCCGUGAGUGCCUGGGGGCAUGGGGGCUACAACUCUUCACAGGACCUGCCCAACAGCGUCCUGGACUUUGUUAAGCUGCACCCACUCAUGUUCGAGGAGGUGAAGCCAGCCGGUGGGGAGCCGCUGCUGGUGAAGAAGAGCGUGGUGUACAGCCGGCUGGCCGUGGACAGGGUGCGGGCCCUCAAUGGCCACUUCUACGAUGUGCUCUUCAUGGGGACGGGGGAGGGCUGGAUCCACAAGGCUGUGGUGGUGGGCUCCAGCAUCCACAUUGUGGAGGAGGUGCAGGUGUUCAGGGACCCACAGCCUGUGGAGAGCCUGGUGAUCUCCCAUGCCCAGGUGAGCACAGGGCUGGUGCAGGACAUUCAGAGCGGCAACGAGGGAUGCCGGAGCAGCUCUGGGCGGGGCUCACUGCCGUGGAAGAACCGGACGGUGCUGCAGGGCGAUGACGUGCUGCUGCCCUGUGACCAGCGCUCCAACCUGGCACGAGCCAUUUGGCUGCUGAAUGCCUAUCCUGAUGGCUGCCUGCGGAUCAUCCCUGGCGAGGCACCCACAGCUGCCACCUCCCCGGUCAAGGAGCUGCCGGCUGAGAUGCCCCCGCUGCCGCCACCACCACCGCUGCCGGCUGAGCUCACCAAUGGCGUAGGGGCUCUGCCCAGCGUCCUCCGCAAGAUGAACGGCAACAGCUACAUGCUGCUGCAGCAGCAGGAGGAGCCGCUGGCCUCACCGCUCUACAGUGCAUCCUUCACUGAGGAGCUCAGCAAGAUCCUGGAGAAGCGGAAACACACACAACUGGUGGAGAAGCUGGAUGAGAGCUCCGUUUAG